AUGAUUCGUGCAUCUUACUUUAAUCUGAUAAUCCUGGCACUUCGAACUCUCUACCUAGAGAAACAUAUUGAAAAAAGGGAAUUGGAUGCCAUUGACCCUGUCAGCCACCCUUCCAGGGAUUUUCCUUAUGGCAAAGCAUGUAGGCCUAAUGUUUACAUGGCAGUGAAGUUCAAGGUCACGGACAUAAAGAUAAUUCUCCUACAGUUACUGAUAUGCUUGGUGACCUUCUAUGGUGUAUAUUAUGCUGUUGGAAGCAUAUGCUUUGAGACGUUCAGGCUUGACACUUUUGAUGUCUUGAUACCUUUUGACUUCAAAACAGAGCCAUCGUGGCUGAGCAAAAGAUACCUGGUGAAUCUGGUCUCAACAGAGGUUACGUUCUUCACUUGUGGGCUACUCUUUGCUGGGGUGGUUAAGGAAUGGGUGUGGGAUUAUGCCAUUACCAUUACUCUUGUUCAUAUUGCAGUAACUUCAGCAGUUAUGGCUGAAUUUCCAUGUGUGUGGCACUGGUGGCUGGCUGUAGGCUGUGGAUUGCUGAUAAUGAUUUGCAGUGGCCAGCUUCUUGCACACUUUGCAUUCGAAGACAACACUGUUCACCCUCUUCUGGAGGACUUCUAG